AUGUCAGUGACGGACACCACUUUUCGCGGCGAUGGUGCCAACGAAUCAAUCUCACAAUCUCUAACCGCUGCCAGUACCAUUUUCAUAUUCGACAGUGAAAUGGAUAAUCUGUGGGCCAACGCUGAACGGCUAGCUGGUGGGACCCGCCUGAACACUCAGGUUGACGGUCUUUCCGAACGCAGUUCAACACUCGUAAAGCCUCUUCAUCUUGCUCUCGAGCUUCUUUUUGACGGACUCCAUGAUGCUGAGGACUCAAGGUUGCAAACUAUCGACCCUGAAUUGCCCAGGUCUCUUCAAUUACCUCUGUUCUGGACCGCUAUUUCCCAGGCCUCGGGCAUCCCUGACGAUAUUGGCUUGCAUCUUCGCGAGGCGACGUUCAAGCCACGUAGCGAGCUGCUCCUACAGCAAUGUAUCGGCCAAGCGCUAUGGCAAAAGUUGAAAAGCGAGCAAGGCUUAGAAAACAGAGCUUCGUCUGAUACAAAUGGCAGCGAGAGUAUCGCUCUGCACCACAUUUUGCUGGCGCUCCUUGAGCACAAGGAGCUCCAGGACAUUCUUGAACAAUCGCCAAGCCUACGCACCAAACAGCUUCCUGAUGUUGUUCGCCGUCUCAGACCCACAACCAUUCGCAGCUAUGAUACUCGAUUGUUCCCCGUGUUAAACCAAUGGGCAACCGAUCUUACGCAGCAUGUCAAAGAUAAGAAGGAACGGGGAGAAGUGAUCGACCCAUUGAUUGGCAGAUGUAAUGAAAUGCGUCGCCUUAUAGCUAUCCUGUCAAGACGCAAGAAGAAUAGUGCUGUCCUCCUCGGCGAUCCAGGCGUUGGAAAAACCGCUAUUGCUGAAGGCCUAGCCCAAAGACUUGUUGAAGGAGUCUUGAAAGUUGUCCCAGAGUCUGUCGUUGCCCGGGUGUUUAAUCUAGACCUCGCGUCAUUACUUGCAAGCACAGCAUGCAAGUCAGCUUAUGAACAGAUUGUCAAGAUGAUACUGGAUGAGAUUGCACACCACGAGGAAAGGGGUAUCAAGGCCAUCAUUUUCAUGGACAAUCUGAGCCAGAUCGCCAUAGGAGGGUAUCGCGGCGAUGGGACCGGUCUAUUUACGUCUGCGAAUCCACUCCAGAUCAAACGACUGCCAGACUCAGCGAUAGAUCUAAUUGAUGAGACAUGCGCUCAGGCCAACCUUGCACGCAGUACCAACUCAGAAACAGUGUGGAGGCUUCAGAGGAGCAGAGUUGUGCUGCAAAUGGACAUACGCUCCUUGAAGCGAGAGGUUGACGAGGAAAGUGAUCGAAGGCUGCUUGAAGCUCAAACUAAACUAUACAACCUUGAUCGAAAGAUCGAAGCAUCAAGCUCUUCGAAACGAGCUCGCCGGAUCAUACGUCGCAAACUGAAAGAAGUCGACAAGAAGAUCAGGACAGAAGAAGAUCGAUUCACACUUGGCGACCCAAUUACGAAGGAGAUGGUUGCAAAGACUGCCAUGUAUUAUACCUUUAUUCCUGCAGCUGAAACCCUUGAUCCAUCAGAGAUCCUGAAAGUUGCGGACAGGCUAAGCACAGUGGUAAGAACCACCUUGUUUACGAUCAGUGACAGUAUUCACAACUUCUGGGAUAAGGUGGUUGGCCAGCCGGAGGCUGUUGAAGCCGUCGCAAACACAGUGCAAUAUAUGUGGGCAGGACUCAAAAAUCCACGAAGGCCUAUUGCAUCGUUCCUUUUCGGUGGUCCGUCAGGAUCCGGGAAAACGCUACUCGUGAAGGGACUUUCCGAGAUUGCACUUCGACAAUCUGGCAAGUUGCUACGCAUCAAUGCCAGCGACUACAUCGAACCGCACAGUCUCACACGACUGAUUGGAACUCCCGCAUGUACGGGGUUUGACCAUGGUGGUCAGCUGACUGAAUGUGUCAGGCGAAAGCCAUUCUCUGUCGUGCACAUCAAAGACAUCGAACGGGGUUGCAUGGAAUUCAGGUUGCUCAUACAAACCAUCCUCGAUGAGGGAACAAUCAGAGAUGGCGAUCGGAAUGUUGUUGAUUUCACCAAUUGCAUCAUCAUCAUUUCGACGAGUCUUGGCCAAGCGAACGUGGGGCGCGCUAUAUCGGAAGAGACGGAACGCAAGCGCUUCAUGAACGAGAUUGAGAACUAUUUCCCUGGCGAAUUUCUGUCACGCCUUGAUAAAAUAGUGGUAUUCCGCCGUAUGUCUGGAGCCACCCUGGUUACAAUAAUCCACGCUCGCCUGGAGGAACUGAGAAAGCAAUUGUCCCUUAUCAACCUCCAGCUGUUAGUCCAUGACGCAGUUAAGAGUCGUCUGCAGUUCCAGGCAGCGUUGAUCCGUGUAGGCUGCGCACGAUGGUUAGAUCGGUUGAUUCGAUCAGAGAUCCUGGAACCCCUCGCAAAGCUCCUCCUCAAGAACGAUGUGCCUGAAAAUAAGACCGUUGUCUUGGACAUCGACGAAGACAUACGGAAAAUAACAGUCAGGCUUGUUGAGGGGGGACCUCCUGUACCACUCACGGAGCCAAUACCAGAAUCACCCGUGCCAUCGUCGCCUUCUGCUUCUUACUGCAGCUUCGACACAGACGACGAACAUUGGGAGAAUGGAUCCACAGAUUCGCACAGCAUAGACGAAGAAGAGGAUGGACACCAUCAUGAGAGCUGGGCACCGUGCUCCCUGCGACCAUUGCCAGCCCUUAGCCCACUACCACAACCGCAAAGGCUAUACUGA